AUUAAUUUUUAUAUAUUCUAGUUUCGUGUAAGUUUUAUUAUUGGGCUUGUAAUGACGACAACGUGGAAUUUUUUAAUCUUCAGUUUUUCAGUAUACGCUGCUUUGCAGACCUGCGAUUCCAUAUCAUGCUUUGAAUGUCACGGCACUUCCGUCAGCGAUGUGACGUCAUCAUGCUGGGAAACGGUAAACAGCGAACAUGCGAGGUUUGUCUCAUUGGUUGAAUGCCCCGGAAGUUGUUCGAUCACUGUUCUCAAUCAUGCUUCAAUUGGCCUAAGAGAUUUCACACGAGCUUGUGAACCUGGCUGUGAAGAUAGUUGCUUUGAUACUCCAUUCGGUACAAAACUCUGUAAAUACUGCUGCUCGACACACAGAUGUAACGCAGUCGUACCUACCCAUACGCCAAAAUCUCAUGACAAUGUUACUCAAGUAUCAACAGAAAAUAUGAAGAUGUGGCUUGAAAAGCAUUUGUCCAAAGCACGCCAUCAUUCUGCUGGUCCGUCUAUAAAGUUCCACACCAGGCACGAACUCACAAAACUAAUGGAGGAAUUUACCCCCAAAGUUGAAAAACAAGAAAUAGAUGUGUCUGAGAUACAUGAAGAAGAUAGAGCUCCAGAGAAUUUCAGAUCGUUCAUCCGGACAACGACUAGGGGUUUCAAUAUUAUCGGCACUUCUCCGGGCAUUUCGUAUAAAACAAAACAUGAUGAAAUAAUUGUUGUGAUGGCGCAUUAUGACACAGCUUCAACCGGCACACCAGGAGUCAAUGACAAUGGUUCGGGUGUGGUGGCGCUUCUAGAACUGGCCAGGUUAUUGGGUGGGAGCGCAUGUAACAGGAAUUAUACCGUAAUUUUUGUCAUCACUGACUUCAAAGAAAACGGUGUAUAUCGUACAUCAACAUCUGCAGAUUCUUGCCUUCCUCAAGGAGUAUUUGUUCAUAACGUUGGAUCUUCAAAUUUUGUUUGUCAUAGAUUAAUGCCUCACUUGAAACAAUUUGGCGGGAAGUUGAAGAUGGCUAUCAACUUGGAUUCACUGUUGAAUGUUGUGGAUAGUUCAAGAAAUGAUCAAUGGCCGCGUGAAACUAGAAACGCUCUGCAAUCUUACAUUCCUCAUGGCGUUAAUUUUUGGAAAGCUGUCAAGAAAAGAUCGUUUUCACAAGAUUGGUGGAUGGUGAAGUCCUCUACAAGCGCUUUUAGGGUAGUUUUUAAUACCAAAAUGGAAUCGUCUUCUAGCUUGAAGAGCGAAGAUUUUUUACAUCUUUUGUUGGACACAUCAGCAAAAAAUACAAGAUCAUCCGAGAUGCUGACAUACCUUCAUGCGGACGACUGUGCGCCAUUCCACAAAGUUACUGAAAUGGAAUUACCGUGUUUGACAAUAAGUGAUACCGGGAAACUACGUGGAUACAUGAAACGAUGUUACCACCAGAACUGUGAUGAUCUGACGCAAGUUGAUGAAGAUAAAUUACAAAAUUUAGCCAAGGUAACGAAUACAGUAUGGCACUUUAUUCUUGCGUUGAGUGGUAAUGAAUGCUAUGAACAACAAGGGUUCGUGAACAGUCUUGAGAAAGAUCAAAUUCUUCAAUGUGACAAUCCUCUUAUUCAGAAAAAGCGGCCAAACAAUAUGUUUGUAUCAGCAACGUGUGCAAGAACAGGAACUAUAUUUGAGAUGUGUCCAACAUUGGGUGAUGGAAUAUGGGGAAUAAUAAACGGUGAAUCAGCGUGGAUUCCUAGAAAAUAUAAACUAGGAAAAGCACCUUUAUGGUUUCAGGUGGACUUUGGAAAAGUACUUAACAUUACAGCUAUAGCAGUUCAAGGUGUGCGUCGCACAGGAUACGUUAGGUCAUACAUGGUUUCCUCGAGCAACAAUGAACGAGAUUGGGAAUGGCAUAUUCCGGCUGAGAACCAGUGGGAUGACACAGCUAGGAGAGCUGAAAUUCGCGGAAGCACCAGUGGAAACGGAGUGGAGAAAAGAUUACUCAACCCAUCCAUAAGCGCUAGAUUUGUCCGAAUAUACCCCAGAUGGUGGCGAAGAAGAAUUGUUCUUCGUGCCCAAAUGUAUGGCUGCGAAUUAUAAAGAUGAGUCCGGAUAACGCGGAAAAAAAAGGGUUAAUUUCAUUUGCAGUAAAAUCUGACAAUCUGCUUGAAAUUGUCCUGAAUUCAGACGCUCAAUUUUCCAAUACGAGAUUAAUUUUUUUUUUGAAAUUGUUUUUAUCAACAAAAUGUACAUGUAAAUUAUGCUUUCUGUCUAAUUGUUAUUUUAAUGCCAAGUAUAAAAAAUAAAUCUGU